CCGAACACUCAUGAAAGCAACCGCGUCACGCCUCACGGUAUGGCAUCCCCAGACUCCCUGCCGAGGUCCAGAACAGGAUCUGUUGCCGAUGACGAACUGGACGAGACAAGCCAGGCUGAUGUGCUACAUGAGCUGCAGUUUCUCCAUAGGCAACUAGCCGAGGUUCGGAAAGCAAGCCACGACAGGCCUGGCGGGGCGCGAAUCCUGGAGGUGGAGAAGAAGCUUAUUAUCUGCGCUGUCAAAAAGCCUCUCAAGCUUAGUGAAUCGCAAGAUGGACAAAGCCGGACCCACGAGGAGAGCAUGGGCGGGUUCAAGAGUGCAAUAGACUCCCUAAUGGGAAGCAACAGGGUGCGUUGGGUGAGCUGGCUCGGCGGAGUGGUGGAUCCGGCGAUUCAGCCAGCCGUACGCAAGAAAUUGGAAGCAGAUCAUAACUGUACUCCGGUUUUCUUAACGCAAGAGGUCGAGGACCUGUACUACUACAAGUUUACUCAGGGGGUCCUGUGGCCGCUGUUUCACUGCAUGCCCACGAACUUCAAUGAGGCCCUUCUAGAGAACUUUCAGAGUCAGUACGAGGCAUAUGCGCAUGCAAACAAGUUGUUCUUAGAAGCUGUGGCAGGGAUCUACGAGGAGGGAGAUAUUGUGCUGGUGCAUGACUACGACCUCAUGCUUCUGCCUGCUCUCCUGCGGAAGAGGUUUCCUGACAUUACAUGCGGAUUCUUCCUCCACUGUCCUUUUCCCUCCACGGGUGAGCACAGCUUCUGGUUCGAUUGGAACCCUGAAGCUUGCGGCACAGCAAAAAAGUGAAUGGUGCGCGACCUAGGGUAUAAGCUUUAGAUGGGUGCCCGCCAGAUGAGAGCUGUCGACCUAAAAUUAUGGCGUGUGAUACCUCCUCUUUCACCGGUUACGUGUACUUGGUAGAAUGGAUUGCUUAAACAGAUGAAUGAAUGACUGCCAUUCAUAACUGCUCAACGUUAGGCUUCCCCGCGUACUUCUUGAUCCUCUGUAUUUCAUCU